GACAUCAAUUAAUUAAACGCGAAAACCUUUGCUCCGCCAAAAUGGGUAGUGACAUUAGAAACGACUCCAGUAGCAGCGGGGAGGAAGACGGCGACGCUGAGUGGAGAGCCGCCAUAAACUCCGUCUCGACAACCACUCCUUCCACCGGCUCCGCCGCUGUCAAUGGAACAGCCACAACUUCUACCGCUUCUCCCACUCGCGAAAAUCAAGCCAACUUCAAGAGCAUCAAACUCUACCACAUCAAGGCACAGAAGCUAUUGGAUGACAUAUUGGAAAAGACGAUAGAAGUAGUGAAACAUCAGCCAACGAAAGUUGCAGAAAACCAUUCUGAUGUAAACGGAGGAGGUGUUAGAUUGUUUCGAGAUGCUCCAGUUGGAAUAUUAUUCGAUCAAACUGAUGAACUUCAAGGGCCAUUAAAGCGACCAAGAAUCAUCCCUAAUGUAGAGGUUGAUGAGAAAUCAAAAAAGUUUAGAAAGCAAAUAAAAUCGGUUGUUGUUGAAGGAGAUGAAAUACUGGUGUCAGCUAAAGAAGGUAGAGAAAAGUGUUUAGCGAAGCUUGAAGCCAUGGAUGCAGCUGCAAAAGCAAAAGCUAGAAGAGAAGAAGAGAGAGUUGCAGACGUGAAAAAGAUUAGAGGGGAAAGAUGGUUGCCUGCUAUUGCUAGAGAAAUGAGAUCCAAGUAAACAUUUUUAAUUUUUUUUUUUUUUUAAUUUGCACUAUUUUUGCAUGUACAUUGAAAUUGAUCACAAUGUGCAUUUUUGAAAGAAUUUUUGUUGUAGUGCAAAUGUCAAUGAGCAUAGUGGUGUUUGAAGGGUAAGAUUAUCAAGUAGUUUUUUUUUUCUUUGUAUAACUUUAAGGUUUAAGUUCC